GAGUCACUCACAAAUGCGAUUCGGUUCCCGACGUUCACCAAAAAUAGCUGUUUGUUCGCAAACGACCAAUCGUCAUUACUGCGCACUCCCACAGGGCCGGAGAGGGUGGUGUGAGUCCGUUAGGUAACCAGGGAGUGAACUUGACACUUUUAGUAAAGCAAAUGUUUUGAGACGUUCAUUUUCUGUUACUUACACCAACAAAAAGAUAUGGGUAACCGUGUCGCUCGUGAGGAUUACGAAUGGGUUUAUACAGAUCAGCCACAUGCCGACAGGAGGAAAGACAUUUUGGCAAAGUACCCAGAAAUAAAGACACUCAUGGGGCCUGAUCCCAGGCUGAAGUGGAUUGUUUGCAUGAUGGUAAUCAUCCAGUUCUUAGCGUUCUACCUGGUCAAAGACCUGGACUGGAAAUGGGUCCUGUUCUGGACUUAUGCCUUUGGCAGCUGCAUCAACCACUCUAUGACCCUGGCCAUCCACGAGAUCUCCCACAACACUGCAUUUGGCAACAACAGGGCCAUGUGGAACCGCUGGUUUGCCAUGUUUGCCAACCUGCCCAUCGGGCUGCCGUAUUCUGCCUCCUUUAAGCGCUACCACCUGGACCACCACCGCUACCUGGGAGGAGACGGUAUAGACGUAGACAUCCCUACUGAUUUUGAGGGCUGGUUCUUCUGCACACGCUUCCGCAAGUUUGUCUGGAUCAUCCUCCAGCCUCUGUUCUACGCCAUCCGCCCUCUCUGCAUCAACCCCAAGCCCAUCACCGGCCUGGAGCUGGCCAACGUGGCCGUGCAGCUGUCCUUCAACGUGGCCCUCUACUGGUUGUGUGGAGCCAAGCCUGUGGUGUACAUGAUGGCGGGCUCCUUGCUGGGAAUGGGCCUGCACCCCAUCUCUGGACACUUUAUCGCUGAGCACUACAUGUUUCUCAAGGGCCAUGAGACCUACUCCUACUAUGGCUCCCUCAACCUGCUCACCUUCAAUGUGGGCUACCACAACGAGCACCACGACUUCCCCAGCAUUCCAGGACGUAGGCUACCUAUGGUGAAGAAAAUAGCAUCAGAGUUCUAUGAUGACCUGCCCCACUACACAUCGUGGGUGAAGGUCCUGUAUGACUUCAUUAUGGACGACCAGCUCAGCCCCUACUCUCGUGUGAAGAGGAGGCUGAAGGGAGAUGUCAAGCAGGAAUAAAUCCUUCCCGCUCUCCUACUCUCUAACAAAACGACACUGACGCACCUGACACCAGCCCCAACUCGCCACCAAGACUUUUUACAGCUUUUGCAUAUUAAUACACAUUUGCACUGAAUGUGAAGAGAAUGUGUGGACAGGACAUGUGCGACAUGUAAGAAUUUGUUCAGUCAGUCCUUACAAACAAAAUAAUUAUUCAACUAGUCAUUACACACAAUUACAGUUGUCAUUUCUCCCAUUUUUUUUGCACUUGUGGUCAUUUUAGAAACUUGUAAUGUAGACAAUUUUUUUCCAGUCAAAUUUGAUUCCAGAAUUAAUUUAUAUGUAUAAUUGACAUCUUUAGAUUUGAGUUUUGCGCCUGUUUCUGCACGUGUAGAAUAUAUUAGAUCCUGUUUUUUUAUUAUAGUUUAUUAUUAUGAUCACUCCGGUUUUAUUUCAUCUCUUGAGAGGCUGUAUAGCAAUAUGCAGUUAACCAUUUCAAUGCUACUGAUCUGCAUUUGCUGUGGAUAGUUUGAUCUCUCCUCACUCAAUCGUAAAAUGUCCCUUUCAUUCCAUGUAGACGGCACUUAGCACAUGACUGUGUGUGUGGACAUAUUGACUUAUGUUCUGAGCUUUAGCUUUAGUUUAGCCCAUUUUGAUCCAAGUGCCAUUUUGUAUUGUGAUUUUUGCCAACACCUCAGUCCAAUAACUGAUCCAGAUAGCCUGAAGCACCAAGUUAAUUUGCUCUUCGCUAAAUGUCAUUUUUGAUACAAUGGGGAGAAAGCUAGUUCAAAGCAAGGUUAGGUAAGACAAGGGCCGGGAUUCAAUCGAUCAUGGGUUGGAGACAAUGCAGAUUUGAAUCUCAGCCAAGGUCAAACGUUGUCUUUGUUUUGUUUCGUUGAGCUUUAACGGAAAGACCAAAUGCGGCCUUAAAUGUAUAAAUUAUUGUAAUGGAGAAGAAUCAUAUUUUGUCUGAUGAACAUAAACUUUUCCAGACUUA